UCUGGAGCCAUCGAGCUGAGCCAGCAGAGUCCUGCAGUAUUCCCCAUGGCCUGCCUGAGUCCCUCACAACUCAAGAAGUUCCAGGAGGACGGGUUUCUGCUGUUGGAAGGAUUCUUCACAGCAGAUGAGUGUGUGGCCAUGCAGCAGAGGAUCGGUGAGAUUGUGGCUGAGAUGGAUGUCCCUCUGCACUGCCGGACAGAAUUUUCCACCCAGGAAGAUGAGCAGCUUCAAACCCAGGGCAACACGGACUACUUCUUAAACAGCGGUGACAAGAUCCGAUUCUUCUUUGAAAAAGGCGUUUUUGAUGAGAAAGGAAAUUUCUUGGUUGCUCCAGAGAAAUCUAUCAACAAAAUUGGCCAUGCUCUGCAUGCCCAUGACCCUGUCUUCAGGAGCAUCACACACUCUCCCAAGGUGCAGGCUUUGAUCAGAAGUCUGGGCCUCCAGAUACCAGUGGUGGUGCAGAGCAUGUAUAUCUUUAAGCAACCUCACUUUGGCGGGGAAGUCUCCCCUCACCAGGAUGCUACCUUCCUGUACACGGAGCCCCUAGGCCGCGUGCUGGGCCUGUGGAUUGCAAUGGAGGAUGCCAUGCUGGAGAAUGGUUGCCUCUGGUUCAUCCCUGGCUCUCAUACCAGUGGGGUGUCAAGAAGGAUGAUCCGAGCCUCUUCAGACUCUGGGCCUGGCACCAGCUUCCUCGGGUCAGAGCCAGCCUGGGAUAACAAUCUCUUUGUGCCUUUGCCAGUGAAGAGAGGGGGUCUGGUCCUGAUUCAUGGAGAAGUGGUGCAUAAGAGUGAGCAGAACCUUUCCGACCGCUCACGCCAGGCCUACACGUUCCACCUCAUGGAGGCCGCCGGCACUAUCUGGAGCCCAGGGAAUUGGCUCCAGCCCACGCCUGAGCUGCCCUUCCCGCAGCUCUACAUCUGAAGGUCCUGGCAGGAUGGGGCUGCUCCCCAGAGUGAUGCUGUCAACACCAGGGUCUCUGGCUGCAACUCAAGGUCACCUCUUCCUGUAUGGGCUUUCUUUCUGAUGGUGUUUGUGACCUUGGUCCAGCAGACAGGGAGCCAAGAAACAGAAAUGACAGGGCAGCACCCCAGGCUGGGUGAGGAACUUCAUCCAAGAUUUUAUCUCUCUACACCUUUCUGUCCCAACCCAGCUUUCGGAAGUGGCCACUCAGCAGUGCAAGGAUUCUGGUUGAGACUCAGGUUUCUCUUGGAUGGAUGUUACUGUGUAAGACACUGAAUACAAUGAUUUAAAAUAUA